AUGUCCCGCAACGAUAAUGGCGGCGACAAGGAGGCGCGAAGGCCGCUUCUGAGCGGAAACCAUCUGGAUCCAACCGAGCUGGACUCUGAUGAAGGUGAGGUGAUUUUCGACAGGAGGUCAUCAGCCAUCUCAGAUGAAUCUGGAGGGAGCGCAACAAAAAGACUCACUUAUGAGGAGGCGGUCGAAGAAGCAGGUUUUGGUCUGUUCCACUGGCUCCUGCUGGCUGUGUGCGGCUGGGCCAACGCCAGCGACGCCGUGGAGAUCCUCUGCGUGUCCUUCCUGCUGCCGACGGCGCGCUGCGACCUGCUGCUGAGCUCCUCGGACAUGGGCCUGCUCACCGCCAGCAUUUUCCUCGGAAUGAUGGUAGGCGGCUACAUGUGGGGGUACCUGGCUGACCAGAGGGGGCGCCGUAAGGUGUUGGUUGUGUCCCUGACCGUGAAUGGGCUGUUCGGAGGGCUGGCCAGCGCGGCUCCAUGGUUCUGGCUCUUCCUGCUGCUGCGGUUCAUCAGUGGCAUCGGGGUGGGUGGGUCCAUCCCUGUCAUCUUUUCCUACUUCUCAGAGUUCAUGCCCCGGCUGAAGAGAGGUGCCAUGAUCAGCGCUCUGGCCACCUUCUGGAUGGCAGGAAACAUCCUGGCUGCAGGUCUGGCCUGGCUAGUGAUUCCCAGAACCUGGGCCCGUUUCUCUCUGGGAACGUUGGACUUCCAGAGCUGGAGGCUGUUCGUGGUGCUGUGCUCAGUUCCCAGCACCUCCUCCGCCAUCCUCUUCAAGCUGCUCAUGCCUGAGAGCCCAAAGUUCCUCAUGGAGGCGGGUCGGGGAGAAGAGGCGAUCCGUGUCUUCAGGCUGAUGUUUGAGCUGAACAUGAAGGGAACAGGAAAUGCUUUUCCGGAAUUCGCUUUGCGUACAAACUCCAAGCCAGGAGGGGAAACCAGAGAGACGGCAUCUGGCGAUGCAAAGAGAAAACAUCUCAUGAGUGUUUUAAAAGAGGGCUUGCUUCCUAUUAGACUGAUGUUCAGCGGUUCUGUCAAAGCCCGCAGUAUCGUUCUGCUCAUCAUCUUCUACUGCAUCUCGUUUGGGUAUUAUGGGCUGUGGAUGUGGUUCCCAGAGCUUUUCGCUCGAAUCGAGAGCAGCGGCGGCUCUCCCUGCGUCAACGUCUCUGUGCCGUCUGCGCUCAACAACCAAAGCUGUUACCCGGUCAAGACAGCAGUCUACAUGGAGGGCUUCAUCAUUGCCGCGUCCAACCUGCCAGGCAACAUCUUCACCAUCCUCAUCAUGGACAGCACCGGCGGAAAGACUCUGCUGUCCUGCAGCCUGAUUGUGUCCAGUCUGAGCGUCUUCCUCAUCUACGUGGUCCAGACCAAAGCCCAGAGUCUGGGUCUGUCCUGCAUAUUCAGUGGGGUCUCUGUGAUCGCCUGGAAUGCUCUGGACGUGGUGGGAACCGAGCUCUACCCGACCCAGCUACGAUCCUCGGCCCUGGGUUUUUUCACCGGAGUGGGCCGAGUGGCGGCCAUCAUGGGGAACGUGGUCUUCGGGAAGCUGGUGGACUCCAGCUGCACCGUUCCCAUCCUGCUGGUGUCGGCCCUGCUGCUGACGGGAGGCCUGGUGGCUCUACUGCUCCCACAGACCAGGCAGACAGAGCUCACCUGAGAAACUCAAACAAAGCCUUUAAGUUUUCUAGACCCAAACAAAUCUGUUGCCUUCAGUCAAUUCCCUGUGCCUUUUAAAUUCAGGCUCAUUUGCCAAAAAGCAAGAGAAACUAUUAUGUGGUAUGUGGUGGGCUCCUGAGAGUAGAGGCCCACCAAUCAGAGUUCAGUUGCUGAUACUUGAUCUUGGGUUUUAGUGAAGCCAAUCUGAUUGCCUAUUUUGUAUUUGUUUUUUGUUUUUUUUGCAACUUUAGCAUAAGAAAAUAUAAGAACGCUACUGAAUAUCUAUUUUCCUGACAUGACCGGUCAUCAUGUGCACUAAAAGCAGAGGCGACACCAGUGUAUGUCUUCUAUGAGCGAUUAGCGCAGUUAGCACAGCAAGCUAAACAGCAUUCCUACAGAAAUGAUUCCCCGAUGUCAGCGCUGGGACCCCAAAAUCACAUAAGAUUGAGAAAUACAAUAUACCACGAUGCUAAUGUCAAUAUGAAGGUGAAGCUCGGCAGAUUUCCUUUCACAUGUGGAGUGUUACGGCUUUCCGACUGAUGUAGAUAUGAAAAAGUUUGUUCUAGAUCGCUUUGAGUUCAUUUUAAAUGCAAAGAACCCAGAGAUGGGUGGGGAGAGAGACAAGAAUAACCUUGAAGUCUGCUUCUAUUUCAAAGCGAGAGAGAGAGAAAAACGAGAACCAAAGAAACUUUAGUGAUAAAAUAUUCAUAUAUUACAACACUGAAAAUCACCCUGUGCUAAUUAAUACAAGAUAUCUUGUUAUCAAUAGACUUCUGCUGGCUUACUCAGCUGACAGUCUUUACUGUUGUUAUUUUGUGAACCAGAAUAGUUUGGUGACCUCUGCCCUGUGGUGCCUUACAUUUCCAAAUCCAGACUGUUCCAGAACAGAUUGAGGUUGAAAGUUCAAUCAGAAGUGUGACGACGAUGAUAAUAAUAAUAAUAAUAAUAAUGGAGGAACUGGGUUCCUGUCUUAGAAAGAAAUUCAAAUAAUUUAAUUGAAACGGUAAUGUUGCUGUUCUCCACCUUCCUGUUUCCUUCUAAAGGUGUCGCUCUCUUCCCUCUUUCAGCCUAGAGGAGCCAAAGAAACCCAACUUCUUUUUAAAUUCUUUAUUUGAAUUUAUUUUUACCGGUGCUGCAAAUAGCUUUUAGUCUUCUUCACAUGGGAACAACUUCCACGCCAGAGAGAGCCGCUGGUUACUGUCAGCGGAUCGGAAAUGGAAAAAUCCAAUGUUUGAGCUGCCAACUGGCUGGUCUCCAGUUGGUGACUCGAUGAAGCUGAAAUUUGUGCAUAAUUUUAUAUACAAACACCAGAUUUUGAAGAUGAUUCAGGGAUUUUUGUCACUCAAACAUUGUAAAGAAUGUGUGAUGAGUUUACAUGUCGUUUUUGUGUUUUUAGGACGUAAAAACGACACUGAUGUUUUACUAAAGCCUUUAAAUGUAACAUGGAGCUUAAAGGUUUCAUGUCGCAUAAGCUGGUUGUUACUAAAUGUCAGCCUCUUAUUAAUGUUCAGUGAAUUAACCAAAACAAUCUUGUUGCUGUUAGAUUUUUAAAGUGCUCUUUUAUAAAUCAGUAUAUAUAUAUAUAUUUAUAUCUAUGCAGUUGAAUGAACAGAAAUGCACUAAAUAUAAAUGAUCAUUGAGUUAACGUCAAGCUGUUUGAUCUGCUAAUACAAGAUCAGAUCCGUUAUUCAUCUCCAUAAUUGCUCUUUUUGAAAUAAAAUAACUGAUUUGUAAAUAAUUUGAUUAGAGAUGAUUGAAAUACUUACUUAAAUGAUGAACAUUUUGUUCGACUUAUUAAGCCAGACGUGCUGGAAGAAGUCGGUCCCAACAGCAGUUUUCGUGGUGACGCAGCGUUUCUGCCAGCUUUCGAUGUUCUCCAAUGACAAUCACUCACUGCAUCCCAAAAAUAAAGGUACACUGACUGAAAGUUUGGGACA